GCUGGACAACCCUGCCUGGGCUUUUAAUGUAUGUCAGUUGCAGCUCAAAAUAUGGAUGCUGGGGAGUGAACUCAGAUCAAAACAUCUUCUUCACAAAAGUAACACCGAGCACCUGUGCCAUCAGUGGCUGGAUACAAGUGGAUGGUCUUGCAGUAAUGGUUGAAAUUGGGACUGAUGGAAGUGUCUUUGUUGUAAAUAGAGGAGGAGAUGUCUUCCAAAGACAAGGCAUCGACAGCAGCACUCCACAAGGCACGAGCUGGACCAAAUUACCAAUGCCCUCUCGCAUCAGCCAUGUGAGCUAUGAUCGUGGCAAUCUGUGGGUCGUGACUGACUAUGGGACCAUCCUGAAAUGUUCAUACUAGUGGUUGUAGUGUUUUCUCUUCUGUCGCAUAAAACAAUAUAAAAACUGAUCAGCAUUAUGUCAACAAUGAAAAAUUCACGUGGGAAAAUAAUUGAUUGUUUUAUUGUGAUUACAACUUAAGUGAUUCAGUAACAACAUGCAUAACUACUAGAAUGCUGUCAGAUAUUUACUUCUGUAUCAUUCACCUGCCAUUCUUUCAUAAACUCUUGAUUCGCUGA